CAGAUUAUAUAUACUACUAGUUAACUAGUAUGUAGAAGGAAGAUAAAUAAUAGUAUAAACUAGUGGUCGUAUACGUAAACAUGCAUCAAUGGUUCAAUAAAACCCAUGCAAAAAACCAACAAUUCAAUUCAAUUAUAACAUAAAAGGAUUGCAUAUGGAUAUAUUAACUUUUUUUUUGACUAAUCCUUUAAACUGAAAUGUAUUUAGUAUUUUAAUCAAGGAGACGUGUCUGUUAGGUGGAAAACUCUGAAACUGUCUACGUCUCUCCAGGCAUUGGCUCCUGAAACCAUGAUGGUCAUUUAACAUAACAUCAAAAGAGAAGACAUCCUUCGAAUCUCAUCCGGCCUUCUUUCUUUUUCCCUUCAUAAGAUCAUACGAAGCUUGUUUCUCUGUAGAUCACGUACGAUUUUGUAAAGAUUCAGAAGAGAUGAGUAACAGAGAUGAUACGGAAGAGGGAAGGAGUGAUCUUCGACGUCCCUUCUUACACACGGGAAGCUGGUACCGGAUGGGUUCCAGACAAUCUAGCAUGUUGGAAUCGUCUCUUGCUAUUCGAGACAGCUCCAUCUCUGUCCUAGCUUGUGUCUUGAUCGUUGCUCUUGGUCCUAUUCAAUUCGGUUUCACUUGUGGCUAUUCCUCUCCAACUCAAGCUGCUAUUACUAAGGAUCUUGGCUUAACUGUAUCAGAGUACUCUGUGUUUGGGUCUCUAUCCAAUGUGGGUGCUAUGGUUGGCGCAAUUGCAAGUGGUCAGAUUGCAGAAUACAUGGGGAGAAAAGGGUCUCUGAUGAUUGCUGCCAUUCCCAAUAUUAUGGGCUGGCUUUCUAUAGCUUUUGCAAAAGAUACUUCUUUUCUUUACAUGGGAAGACUGUUAGAAGGUUUUGGCGUUGGGAUCAUCUCUUAUACGGUGCCUGUAUAUAUAGCCGAGAUCGCUCCACAGAACAUGAGAGGAGCAUUAGGUUCAGUAAACCAGCUUUCUGUAACAGUUGGGAUAAUGUUGGCAUACUUACUCGGUCUCUUUGUUCCAUGGAGAAUUCUUGCAGUUUUGGGAGUAUUGCCAUGUACAUUAUUGAUACCGGGUCUUUUCUUCAUUCCUGAAUCUCCUCGGUGGCUGGCAAAGAUGGGUUUGACAGAUGAUUUUGAAACUUCCUUGCAAGUUCUUCGUGGUUUUGAUACUGACAUUAGCAUCGAGGUUAAUGAAAUCAAGAGAUCUGUGGCCUCAUCUGGCAAACGUUCUGCUAUUCGGUUUGUGGACCUCAAGCGUAGGAGAUACUAUUUUCCAUUGAUGGUUGGUAUAGGACUGCUUGUACUUCAACAACUUGGAGGAAUCAACGGUGUCUUGUUCUAUUCGAGUACAAUUUUUGCAUCUGCAGGGGUCUCAUCGAGUAAUGUGGCAACAUUUGGAGUUGGUGCUGUUCAGGUACUGGCCACUGCAGUAGCUACAUGGCUGGUUGAUAAAUCAGGUCGCAGACUUUUGCUCAUGAUCUCUUCUAUAGGGAUGACGAUUAGCCUGGUGAUUGUAGCAGUCGCGUUUUACCUUAAGGAAUUUGUAUCACCUGAUUCCAAUAUGUAUAACAUUCUAAGCAUGGUCUCUGUAGUUGGAGUUGUGGCUAUGGUUAUUGCUUGCUCUCUAGGAAUGGGACCAAUCCCAUGGCUGAUUAUGUCUGAGAUUCUUCCAGUGAAUAUAAAAGGUUUGGCCGGAAGUAUAGCAACUUUAGCCAACUGGUUCGUCUCUUGGUUAGUCACAAUGACUGCAAAUAUGCUCUUAGCAUGGAGCAGUGGAGGAACUUUUACCCUCUAUGCUUUGGUCUGUGGAUUCACUGUGGCCUUUGUGUGUCUUUGGGUUCCUGAGACCAAAGGCAAAACGCUUGAAGAGAUUCAAGCAUUGUUCAGAUGAUUCUAUACAAGGAGAAGAAGACAAACAACAUACAUUUUUCACUUUUGUUUUUAUCCAUUACAGAUCAUUCUUUUGUCCUCUCUUUGUCUUUAUUUCCUGCUUUGUUCAGCAUGUUUUCCACCAGCUAUUUUGCAAAUUCCAUGAUAAAAAAUUGAAUUAUUUUGAUC